AUGGCCAAGUUGAAAACUACAUUGGCAGCAGCCUUGACACUACUACAAUGCAGUAGUUUAGUACAGGCUGCCAACAGCAACAACAACAACAACAAGAAUCUUCAAGCAAACAGAAUCAAAGGGUUUCGCAAGCAUCCAUUUCUAAACGACCACAAGAAUUUGGCAUCCGCCGUUUCCGACAUUAGUGGAGGUGCCUCGGCCUUGCUCGACGGUGGCACCGACAUUGAAUCCAUUGAAGUUUCCAUUCCACUCAGUCAAUCACCGGCCGUCCAAGCCAAUGUGGAAGCCUUGUUGACGGAUAUUUCCAUGUUGACGGAUAUCUUGAUGGACGUCAUUGAACAUGAAGAUCCAAAUGUACGAAAGCUGUACGACGAAUUCCUGUCCUAUGGAAAGGCGAGAGCGGAAAAUGUAUCGGAUGGCAAACCAUUGGAAACCAUGAUUCAACGCGCCAAAACCUUGUCCAACAGCGAAUGCCUUGGCCUUUGCCGUGCCGUUGCUACCUCUUUGAACUUGGUCAAUGCUGCCGAAGUCCAUCACCGCAUACGUUCCAUCAAGGCAUACGAAAAGGCCAUUGGCGAAAAUGGAUUGCCGGGACCAUUGUAUCAUACCGAAGAUUCCGCCAAGGGAACUAUCCAAGCUAUCUUAGAUGAAAACAAAGAUGUUAGCAAAGACGAUAUUUACAAGCAACUCUGCACCCAAAAGGUUGAAUUGGUCUUGACCGCCCAUCCUACCGAAGUCAAUCGUCGAUCCGUCUUGAGAAAGUACCGCAAGGUGGGCGAGGACUUGGCGUUUUUGGAACGACCAGACCUGUUGCCCUUUGAACGGUUGCAGGCUACCUACGAUUUGCAGGGAGUCAUUAGCAGUUUGUGGGGCAUGGACGAAAUUCGACGCCGAAAGCCAACGCCCCAAAACGAAGCGGCGGGUGGUUUGGCCAUUUUGGAAUCUGUACUGUGGGAUGCCGUGCCCAGUUAUUUGCGCAAGUUGGAUGCUCAAUGCAUGUCGUCAUUGGGAAAACACUUGCCUCUCAAUGUGGUGCCCAUCAAGUUUGCUUCCUGGAUUGGGGGUGACCGUGAUGGAAAUCCCAAUGUGACACCUCGGGUGACAAAGGAAGUUGUCUUGCAGCAAAGACACAAAGCUGCCAAACUAUUGUCGCAAGACUUGAAGGACUUGGAAUCCCAAUUGGCCAUUUCCGCUCGGUAUUCCCCUGCCAUGAUUAAAUUGGCAAAUUCCGUAUCGUACACGACACAUCGACAAGAAUUGUACCGUCGGGUUCUAUCGCACCUCAACAAGCGACUCAUCAAGACUAUGCGGUCCUGUGAGGACGAACUGGAAGAGUACCUCCAACCAGAAGAAAUGGCAACCUUGCGUACUCGGGCAUCCACUUCAUUGAUUGACGAAAUUGACGACUUGGAACCAAUCUACAAGAAGGAAGAUCUAUUGGGACCGCUCACCACCAUUCAUGAAUCCUUGGUGGAAACUGGAUUUGAGCUAGUUGCUGACGGCCUUUUGGUCGAUCUCAUUCGUCGAUUGCACAUUUUUGGAUUGACUCUUGUUCCUCUCGACAUCCGUGAAGAAUCGACCAAGCACACCAUGGCUUUGGAUGCUAUCACUCGAUGGUUGGGAAUUGGUUCCUAUGCUGAAUGGGACGAAACGGCUCGAUUGGCUUGGCUCUCUACGGAACUUUCCAGCAAGCGUCCCUUGUUCGCUGUCAGCAACUUGGAAAAGCUACGAUUUCCCGACAGUGUCGUUCGCACCUUGGAAACCUUCAAGACAGCUUCCGAGUUGGAACCAGAAGCCCUGGGAGCCUACGUCAUUAGUCAAUGCCAAACUGCAUCGGAUGUAUUGGCUGUCAUGUUGCUCCAAAGGCAAAUGGGUAUGACCGCCAAGAAUGGAAACAUGAUGCGUGUGGUUCCCCUAUUCGAAACACUUGAUGAUUUGAUCAAUGCUCCCGAAAAACUUGAUGACCUCUUCGGUGUUACCGCUUAUGUCGGUGCCAUUAAGGGAGAGCAAGAAGUCAUGGUUGGAUACAGUGAUAGCGCCAAGGAUGCCGGACGUAUGGCUGCAUGCUGGGCCCAAUACAAGUCGCAAGAAGAAAUGGUCAAGGUUGCCAGCAAGCACGGCAUUGCGUUGACCUUCUUCCAUGGAAAGGGUGGAACCGUUGGCCGCGGUGGCAACCCAGCCCUCUAUCGUGCUGUUUUGUCACACCCUCCCAACACAAUCAACGGACGGUUCCGCGUGACUGAACAAGGAGAAAUGAUCACUCAAAACUAUGGAACAGUUCAAAUCGCUGAGCAUACAUUGGACAUUUACACUGCUGCUGUCAUGCGCGAGUCUUUUACCAAGCACGUUGCUCCCAAGCAAAAGUGGAAAGAUCAAAUGGAACGCGUUUCGGAAGUCUCUUGUGCCGACUACCGUCAUUUGGUCAGAGAAGAACCACGAUUCGUCCCCUACUUCCGCCAAGCGACUCCCGAAUUGGAAUUGGGAAGCUUGAACAUUGGAAGCCGACCAGCUAAGCGUAAUCCUAAGGGCGGUAUUGAGAGUUUACGAGCUAUCCCAUGGACAUUUGCCUGGACCCAAACAAGAACACACCUGUCGGCAUGGCUCGGGGUUGGCGCCGGUCUAACAUCCAAGGAUCCCAACGACUUGAAGACUCUGCAAGAAAUGUAUGAAGAAUGGCCAUGGUUCCGUGAACUAACAGAUCUGAUUGCAAUGAUCAUGUCGAAGACUGAUUUCUCCAUUUCCAAGAAUUACGACGAGCAACUCGUUGACAAGGCUAGUGGUCUCAUGGAACUUGGAGAGGAAGUCCGCAUGAAAUUGGUGGAAACCCGCCAAGCUGUUUUGGAUAUAACCAAAUCCACAAACAUGGCUGGACACCACGUUGCCCUGCAAAGAGCAUCUUCGCUGAUCCGAAGUCCAUACGUGGACCCUCUGAAUGUCAUCCAAGCGGAGCUGUUGAAAAGGCUACGUGUGUACGAAAGCCAAGACGAAUUGACUCCUGAAGAGAAAGAAGAGUUUGACACGCUCAAGAAUGCAUUGGUUGUAUCGAUCAAUGGGAUCGCACAGGGAAUGCGAAACAGUGGAUAA